UGCUCAGUGGACAUCACAGUUUCAGUGGACUCACAGUCGUCAGAAACUAACAAAUACAAAAGCUCCCGAAGUGAAAGUUUACGAUGCGCGCCUACAUCCUUUUGACAGUGCUUGUUAUCAUUGCCUGCUUCCAGCUGAGCAAGGCCAAUUUCAUACAGGAGGACGAGCUCGCUUCAGCGCUGCUUAAUGUGGACGCGGGAGGCGAGCACGGCAACGACUCGCCUAGACUGGUGCGCCAAUACUACGGUCAUCCGUUUGGCGGCUAUCGCAGAGGUAACUAUGGCUUUAGACCAAGACCUCGUUAUGGUUAUCGUUCUGGACCCGUUGACCCCUACUACGGCUAGGAUGAAUGCAAGCUUUUUCAAUUAACAAAUGAAAAUUUGAUGACAAUAUAAAUGUGUUUACGUAAAAUGUUAAAUAAAUAUAAUUGGUUUUAAACGCAGAAAUAAAUUUGUUCGAUCAUUUUAUUAGUA